CACUUGAAGCGCGCACGUGCGUGGUACGCGACGAAUGUGUAGAAUUUGCGGAAAACGCGCGUACGGAUUACCGUAUCUCCGGACCUCGGCUGUCUGCGGAUAAGACGCCAGCGGUUAAGUCGCACCGCUGAGUCCCGCGCUUUUAAUCUCGAGCUCGCGACCAGCGUGUCUCCGCCUUCUCCUCGCCCCUUUGCGCGAGGCGCUUACGUAUUUGUACAUUCUCGUUUCGCACGCUCGAAAGAGAUAUCCGUCCUUUUGGCUGACGACACGUCUGUCUCUCCCCCUUCUUUCCGACGUACCGGGUUUCGGUGUUUCUUCGAUCGAGAGCCCCGGGCACUGCCGUCAUCAUGUCGACGACGCUGGCACUACCGCAAAAGAAGUACUACAGACAACGCGCGCACUCGAAUCCCAUAGCCGAUCACUGCAUCGAGUACCCGAUAAAGCCGGACUCGAUGGACUGGAGCGCCUUGUAUCCGCAACACUUUCGGAGCCGCGCCGAGCAAACGCCGGAGGCACAGAAACGUGUAGAAUUUGCAGACGUUGGCUGUGGCUACGGGGGGCUACUGGUCACCCUGUCUCCGAUGUUCCCGGAUAAUCUGAUACUCGGUAUGGAGAUUAGAGUAAAGGUAUCGGACUACGUUAUGGAUCGCAUCGCUGCCUUACGGUCGCGGAACCCCGGCCAAUAUCAGAACGUUGCCUGUCUGAGAACAAAUGCCAUGAAGUAUUUGCCAAAUUAUUUCUACAAAGGACAGCUAAAGAAGAUGUUUUUCCUGUACCCAGACCCACACUUCAAAAAGUCGAAGCAUAAAUGGAGAAUAAUAAACAAAUCUCUGUUAGCGGAGUACGCUUAUGUUCUAGCCGAGGGAGCCAUUGUAUAUACCGUAACGGACGUGGAGGAUCUACAUAAGUGGAUAGUUCAACACUUCCAAGAGCACCCACUGUUCGAAGAAGUCGCCAAGCAAGAUUUGGCGGCGGAUCCUGUGGUGGAAAGAUUAUAUGAAAGCACCGAGGAAGGUAAGAAGGUCACCAGAAACAAAGGAGAUAAAUUCCUGGCCGUAUUCAAGAGAAUCCCGGAUCCCUAUGUCGUAACGAGUAGCUAGCAGCGGCGGUUACAUGUGAUCGUCCGGCUACUUACAAUUAUACAGCGAAGGAUGUUCUGGACGAGGGUACUAAUUCUGACACCACGGGCUGCGUUCAGAAACAUCACCCGAAUGUCCCAGUGUAUUAUUUUAUCCUUGUUUAACAUACGGUAAGCAACAAGGAUAGAAUGAUACUCUGAGGUACUCGCUUGGUGUUUCUGAACGCAGCCACGGAGGAAUAUCUGUGUCGAUCAGUGAACUCUAUACAUACUGGAAUGAGUGAUCUA